AUGAGCCAUCAGUUUGUCCUAAGAUGAAGUUUCAGAUCGCCAUUAGCGCCUUCCUCGUUAUUUCGUGUGGCCUUGUCCAUGCCUAUGAUGGUGACGGACAACCAGGUUGCCAGUCCCAAGUCGAGUUAGACAUUGCAGUUUUCCGAAACAAUUGGGAUCCCACGUCGUACUGGAAGUGUGAGACACUUGAUAAGCCAGCCACUGAACUCAAGUGCCCCAGCGAAACGGGAUUCAUGGAUAGUCUCAAGAACUGUGUCAGCUGGGAGGAAUGGGAGUGGGAGAAACCCGUGGCCCCGAUAAGCGAAGCGGAUUAGUACUAAACGCACGAAACUUGGAAAUAGAACAGCAGAAUGUGAUUAUUUAUGUUGUUAAAUUGAGAAUAAAAAACUGCGCUAGGGGUGGCAUACGCAGUAAAACA